AUUAUGUUCGUUUAUGCCACCAGACUGAGGCUGUCCCAUCAGUAGCCGCCAUCUUGCUAUAACACCUGGUAGCGUUUUUCCUCCUCAUACACACAUACAGCACAGUCGGUUCUUUUGUAGCUGUUCACUGACAUUCGAUUUGACGUGCAAGUCUGAGACCUUAACGUGUCUGCUUGAAGCGUGUACGUUCUCUUUGUACAGAAUCUACUCUCUCAACAGCUAUUCAGUAAAGAGAGUAAGCUGAUAGGCGUCGAUAUUUCUAACACAAACGAGAGCGAUGUCUGGCCGAUUGCCUGCCGUUGUCAUUGACAAUGGCACCGGGUAUACAAAGAUGGGCUAUGCUGGCAACACAGAGCCACAGUUUAUUAUUCCAUCAUGCAUUGCCAUCAAGGAAUCAGCUAAAGUUGGCGAUCAGGCAAUUCGACGACUUGGCAAAGGAGUUGAAGAUUUGGAUUUCUUUAUAGGAGAUGAAGCUUUAGAUGCUUCCUCUUAUUCAGUCAAGUGGCCAAUCCGACACGGUAUUAUUGAUGACUGGGAUUUGAUGGAACGAUUUUGGGAACAGACUAUUUUUAAAUAUCUACGUUCUGAACCAGAAGAUCAUUAUUUUCUAUUGACUGAACCUCCUUUAAAUACACCUGAAAAUCGUGAAUACACUGCUGAAAUUAUGUUUGAAUCUUUUAAUGUACCUGGUUUGUACAUAGCUGUUCAGGCAGUCCUAGCCUUAGCAGCUUCUUGGGCCUCUCGUCAAGUUGGUGACCGUACACUGACAGGUACUGUGAUAGAUUCCGGAGAUGGUGUGACACACGUUAUUCCUGUGGCUGAAGGUUAUGUGAUCGGUAGCUGUAUCAAACACAUCCCCAUUGCUGGUCGUGACAUUAGUUAUUUUAUUCAACAAUUAUUGAGAGAACGUGAGGCUGGAAUUCCUCCAGAACAAUCCUUAGAAACAGCUAAAGCUAUUAAGGAGCGAUUUUGCUACGUCUGUCCUGAUAUAGCUAAAGAAUUCAACAAGUAUGAUCAAGAUCCUACGAAGUGGAUCAAAAGAUUUGAUGGUUUAAACAGCGUGAACAAAAGCCCUUUCAGUGUAGAUGUUGGUUAUGAACGAUUUCUUGGACCAGAAAUUUUCUUCCAUCCAGAGUUUUCAAACCCUGACUUUACCAUUCCAAUUUCUGAAAUAGUGGACAAUGUCAUCCAGAAUUGUCCUAUUGAUGUGCGUCGAGGUCUAUAUCGGAAUAUAGUUUUGUCAGGAGGAUCUACCAUGUUUAGAGAUUUUGGUCGCAAGCUACAAAGGGAUGUCAAGAGAAUAGUUGAUGCUCGCCUGAAAGCUAGUGAAGAACUUGGUGGAGGUAGAUUAAAGCCAAAACCUAUUGAAUGCCAGGUCAUAUCUCAUCACAUGCAACGUUACGCAGUUUGGUUUGGUGGUAGUAUGCUUGCUUCAACGCCGGAAUUCUACCAAGUAUGCCAUACCAAAGCCGAUUAUGAUGAACAUGGGCCUAGUAUAUGUCGCCAUAACCCUGUGUUUGGCUCAAUGACGUAAUUCUGCAAUUGGUUCAUUUAGGGCUGAUGCUGGUUAAAUUUUAAUAAAAAUAAUGAUGAUGAUAGCAACAUCAACAAAUAAAAUGAUGCUGCCAAAACCAUACAUACUAUGACUGUAACAACAAAAACAAAAGCAAAAAAAAUUAUGAAAAACAAAUUUUUAAAAAUUGAACAGAAGGGGGAAAAUGAAUAAUAAUAAUAAUAUUAAUAAUAAUAAUACUAAGGGUGGAAAAUGGAAAACUUUUUACCCUAGAACCAAAUGAAAGACCGCAAUUUAUUCCAUUGUUGGUUGUUAGUUGUACAUUUUCUAACAGUACUAACACUAAUUGUAUGGUAACCUGCAGUGUAUAAAAUAUUUUUUCAGAAGA